AUGUCCAUUACCACAAAUUCUAAGACGAUUGAGGUUAUCGAAAACUUGUACAAACUCCCACUAAAGGCAGUCGCAACGGUCCAGCUCCCGGAAGGCUCGGACGGUAAAGAACCAAAGGAAAAGGAUUGUUUCCUAUUGAAACCUACAAGCUUAUUUGUUGCGGGCAUGAAAUUGCCAUCAUCGUCCGAUGACUAUGAGAGACUUUACCCAAAGGAGAAUUGUGUAAACUUCACUGAAGUUGAUAGUUGUAUUUAUGAGGUAACCAAAAAAGGAUUUUUGGAUAUACAAAAGUCUUGUGAGCGAUUUAACCGGGAAGACUUUGGUUAUAUUCCCCAGGUUGCAGGAUCGGUUCAAACGUAUUCCAAGAAUGCCAUAUUUCUAGCCGGCAAGCUCAAGGAACAAGUCGCUGUCAUCCUUGAUGAUAAGUAUGAGGAGGAAUCAAAUCGUGACAAAAAGUUCAAUGACUCCAAGAAUGCCUGCAGAAGCCUGCUUCAACUAUUGCAAAACAGAUCUUCUGAAACUGCUAAGAGCAUCAGCGAUGUCAUCACGAGGAUUGAAGGGUUUCAAAAGGAGACCCAGCUCAAUUAUGAGGUAGUUUGUUUCCUUAAAAAGGAAUACAGAACAGGUCCCGCCGUGGACAGUCUUACCAAAAAGGAGAAGCUGGAUGAAGAGCUAAAGCCAUUCCCCCCAUACUGCAAGUACAUUCAUGGACAAAUCGAAGAAUUGAACAAGGAGGUCGAAAAAAACAUCAAGCGAAGAGACGAGGAAUAUGAGAUUUGGAAACAUUCCACCAUUGUUGCCUCCACAAGUGUGUUGUAUAUUUGGUGCCCUGCUGCAUCUGUUCCUGUCAUGAGUGUCUUCACGGACAGAGCAAUUAAAGCAGAUGCCGCGUGGCAAGCUGCGAUAAGAUUGCUGCCGCCAAGGACGCUCUUCAUUCACAACAUCAAAGUGCUAUUCGACAAACAGUCCCAAAACUUUGGUGACGCAAUCCAAAUGUUCAGUAAUGCUGAUGAAACUCUUGACGAAAGUCUUUUCAUCCAAAAACUGUUGCUGCAAGACUGUAUCGAUCGGGCAAUUGAAGCAUUCGAAAAGGUAAUUAAAUCCGCGGAAGAUUUCAAAAAGACUGAGUUCAAGGUUGAGCCUAUACCCGACGUUGGUCCGCUCCCAGAGCAGUCGUAA